AUGAAGAGGAAGAGGAAGAAGAGUAGGGGUGUUGUGAAGGUGGAAACGAAAGGUGGGGAUGAGGAAAUGACGGUGGAGAUGGAGGAAGAAGUGGUGGAAGGGAAGGAAGAAGAGAUACAGGAGGUCAAGAGAGAGGAAGAAGUUGAACGUUGA